AUGAAUACCCAAGACACAGAUAUGGUAAGUAAUUCUAAAUCAUGCUUUUAUAUUUAAAAUUUUAUGUUUUUUACAAUAUAAAUGUCUAUGGGGUUGUUUUAUUUCAAACUGUCAGGGUCUGUAGUAUAGACUGUAUGCCGUCUGUAUUUGUUUUUAUUUUUAACAACGUAAGGGUCUAUUAUAUAGAGUCUGCAUUGCUUGUUUCCGUCUCUGUGUGUUCUAAAACGUUACGUACUGAACAUAGUCAUGUUUUUAAUGUAGGCAAAAUCCUUCUCUAGGCAUUUGCGGGGCUUGUCUGUGUAUGAAUAUAUGUGUUAUGCUGGAUUUAUAUGUUGUAGAUAUGUGUUAUGCUGUGCUUAUCCGUGUAAGUUAUAGCAUAACAUUUUUAAAAUAAGCUGUGAUGAUACAGCAUCAAUGGGGUUGUUUUAUUUCUAACUGUCAGGGUCGGUAGUAUAGACUGUGUGCCGUAUGUUUUGGUUUUUAUUUUUAACAACGUAAGGGUCUAUUAUAUAGAGUCUGCAUUGUUUGUUUCUGUGUGUCUGUGUUCUAAAACGUUACGUGCUGAACAUAGUCAUGUUUUUAAUGUAUGCAAACUUCUUCUCUAUGCAUUUGUGGGUCUUAUCCGUGUAUGUUGUUUAAUAUAUGUGUUAUGCUGGGCUUAUAUAUGUUGUAUAUAUGCGUUAUGCUGAGCUUAUCCUCGCAUGUUAUGGCAUUACCUUUUUAAAAUAAGCUGUGAUGCUACAGCAUCACCCAUAUCACUGUGGCUGUUAGACAUCUCACUGUGUCUGUUUUGUCAAACAACCGAUUGUGGUCAUUCAUUGUAAAAUGCUGACCUAGUGUUCCCUUCAUAAGCGUUCAAAUACUUUAUCACCUUUCAGGCACAAAUCAGUCCAACAACGAAUGAAAACGAGUUACACAGAAGGCUCGCGGUCGCCUCACAAGGUUGUAAAUUUUCUAUAUUGAUAAGCGUUCUAAAAUUCUAAACAUUUAUUUUGAAGUCUUUUAUGCAUAAAAAACAAAACAAAAAAACCCCAAAAAAACUAAGGCUUAUUGUAUUUUAUUUAUUUAGAUCCUUUGAAUACUAGAGUAUUGACUGACAGACCCUCCAACAUACAUCCACAUAGACCAUUAAAAGCAGGUAUGUGUUUAUAUAACGUUAUAUGCGGUUGUAUCAUCCCCGGUUUUAUCCCGGCGAUAAUUAUAUUUCUAUUUAUUUUAGAAACAACCGUAAAGAGUACAAAAACCUCAGCAGUAUCUAAUGCAUGCACAGACAUUAGCCGCUUACCAGCUGCGGAUCACGGUCGUAAGACAUACAGCGCGAAUGCCGGAGAACGCAGGGACUGCACCCCGCAUAAACUAAAACAGGGCAAGUAUACGUAUGAGUUCUUUGUUUAUUUGUAUAUUUGUAUACUACAUAAAUAUAGUAUAUUUAUUUGUAUCUUUAUUUACUACAUAGAUAUACCUGUAUGUACAUCGGUGUAUUAAUUUACUCAUUUAUUUUUGAAUACAGUACCAAAGUUGUCUAUAACCCGGAGCCGCUCUACAAGAGAUAUUCCAGUCACACGUGACGAUGAACAACCGUCAACGUCGACCUCAGGGGUUUUAAGGCAGCGUCCAUCUAGUGCGGCAUGCGUCGCAAAGGAGCCUCAACAAAUACAUUCAUUAACCACAACAAAACACACAUCUCGGGGUAAGCCAUCAGUCACAUCACCAGGCAAUGUAUCAGGGUGUCGACAUUUCACUGUAGCAUCAAAUGUACCUGUGAAACAAUCCAUUAGCCCUGUAAAUGUUCCUAUACAACCAAACCCUAAGAAAAGUAGAUCUGUUUUACAGGACAUAACACAAACCAUCGGCAAUGAUAACAAUAUACAUAGAGGGACUACAUCACUGACAUCCAGAAAUACCUCUGUAAAGGUGCCGACACACCCGCCACCUAAGAAAAGUAGAUAUGUUUUACAGACCAUAACACAUACUGACAGCAAAAACACACACAUUUAUACAGAGACCACAUCACCUCUUGAUACUAGAAAAUGUAUGUUGUGGUUCACGCGUUCUGCUCCUUUAUGGUUUAAAGUCAAGGAUGCUGUACAACAUACAAUCACUGAAAUAUUCAAAAUACUGAAUGACGCUGCUCUUUUACAGUGCAGCAGGCCUCUGAGUCUAAAACUUUAUGCCGCUAGCCGCCCAUUUAGAAUUGGCCAUGCAUUGUUAUCCCAUGAUGGUCGUGAUAGUCAAUUGAGUAUAAACGGUGUUAUACCAAACAUUAUAUUACCCCGUGACAACGUCAGUGAUUUAUUACAGUGGUUUUUAAGGGAACUUGGUUUUUGGUUCGCUUUAGGAGACUUUAUUGACUCUGUGAUUAGUGAGAUCCGUAACAUUGUUAUUGUGACUGAUGAUGAGCUUAGACAAACUAAUUUUUUAAACCGUUUUGAAAGACUUGACCGUGCUACCAAUGCCUUUCGUUCAGGACUAAAUUUACUGACCCCCGCGUGACUAGUCAUGGUUGGACGGGGUUUAUUAUCUCAAUCCAAAAAAUGGGACAGACAGAGACUUGUAGCUAAGCGUCGAGCUAGAACCGUUAAACGUGCCAUAAAUACAUUGCGAGGUGCAUUACGUUCUGCGAUGUCUAGGCAACGCCGUAAGACCCCUUGUGAUGCAAUCAAAUGCUUAACACCUGUGCUGCUUCCGGCUGAGGAUGGCGUAGACGCUACAGUUACCCCUGUGACACCCCACACAAAUGAUACUGAAAUAGCCCCAACACCUACAGAACUUUCCACAGAGACGCAACAAAGUCCAUUUAGUCCUGAGAAUAUUAACGAUUCGCAGGAACAUCCCGAAGUGCAGAACCCUGUUAAUGAGUUAGAGGCCCCUGUAUUUUUGGAGCGUGUUGAACAACGCCGCAGAGAUAUUAACAAUUUUAAUGCCGUAGAAUAUUAUGAACAUUUUCGGUUUGUAAAUUUAGACAGAAUAACAUCGUUUUCAGACGCACUCCAGUCUGUACAUGAUGCUAUUCAAGAGCUUUUAAACAGGAUGAUGCCUGAUAUAGGUCCCAGCGAUUUUGUUCAAUUAAGGCUAGAUAGCGAUGAUCUUGGCAGACCGUUACACUCUAUUAGACGUUGUAGGGAUGAAUUGAAUGCUGAAACCUUUUUAAACGCAGUGUCAAACCUGGUACAGAGCAAUGCUGAAAUUAUUGGCAGCGGGUCUUUAAGGUUGGUUGUAAUCAUUGUUAGGAAUAGAGUCGGUGGUGUAAUGCAUCGUAGGCGUCUCCGGUCAACACCCUAUAGUUGUAUCAUUGCCAGGAAAAAGAGAUGGCUUUAUGAUUUAAACAAUGAUAAUAAUAACCUGUGUCUAGCGGCUAGCAUUUGUGCCCUUGUGGCUCAGGAUAAUCCUGUAGACUCUCUGUUGUUGGAGAGAGCCAGAGAAAUACAUAAAGCUGUAGGUAUCCCUGAUGAUCGUCUGGUUAGUUUUAGCGACAUCCCAGCUUUUGAACAACAUUUAGGCAUUACAAUUAAAGUACUGUAUCACAAUCAUGGUUCGUGGCACUAUUUUCAUUCAGACAAG